AUGUCCGCCAACUCGCUGAACAAGAUCGCGCCCAACAGCCCCUCGAGGCAGAACCCCUCUGAGAUCGAGACCAGCAUCGCCAGCGCGUUGACUGACCUCGAGAACAACGUCCCCGACCUGAAGGCUUCUCUGCGCCCUCUCCAGUUCGUCUCUGCUCGCGAGAUCGAGGUUGGCCACGGACGCAAGGCUAUUGUCAUCUUCGUCCCUGUUCCCCUUCUGUCCGGAUGGCACAAGGCCCAGCAGCGUCUCACCCGUGAGCUUGAGAAGAAGUUCUCCGACCGCCACGUCCUGAUCGUUGCUUCCCGCCGCAUUCUUCCCCGCCCCAAGCGCUCCAACCGCUCGCGCACCACCCAGACCCAGAAGCGUCCCCAAUCCCGGACUCUCACCGCUGUCCACGACGCCAUCCUGACCGACCUCGUCUAUCCCGUCGAGAUUGUCGGCAAGCGUCUCCGUACCCGCGAGGACGGCAGCAAGAUCCUCAAGGUUGUCCUUGACGAGAAGGAGCGCGGCGGUGUUGACUACAGGCUCGACACCUACAGCGAGGUCUACAAGCGCCUCACUGGCAAGGGCGUCAACUUCGAGUUCCCCCAGAGUCAGCAGACCGACUACUAG